AGCCGUUUUGGCUCAAGCCACCUUUGGCUCGGAGGAGCAGACCCCGUCGGGGUAUCGAAGGCGCGGCCGACGCCAUGGGCGGAAGCAAGCCGCGUGGGAUCAAGUGCGCGCGCAAGCUCGUGAUCCGGCGUCGCUCGCAGCUCUGGGCGGACAAGGACUACAAGAAGGCCAAUUUGGGCACCAAGUACAAGUGCAAUCCUUUCGGCGGCACGUCGCAUGCGAAGGGCAUCGUUGUGGAGAAGAUCGGCAUCGAGGCCAAGCAGCCGAACUCCGCCAUCCGCAAGUGCUGCCGGGUGCAGCUCAUCAAGAACGGCAAGAAGGUGGCUGCAUUCGUGCCCCGCGACGGCUGCCUGAACUUCGUCGACGAGAACGACGAGGUGCUGAUCUCCGGCUUCGGCCGCCGCGGGCACGCCGUCGGGGACAUCCCCGGCGUGCGCUUCAAGGUCGUGAAGGCUCGGCUGCACUUGAGGGGUGGCGCUCUGCCAGGGUUGCCUCAGGCGCGAGGCUUCCGGUGGGCGCCAGGGGGGGCCACCCAUGCAGCCCAGGUAUCUGGCGCAUCGAAGGAUCGAGGCGGCCAGCGAGUCGUCGCUUCUGGUUUCUUUGGGGGCCAGUUUCAGCUCUGGGCCUCGGGACCGUCGGCAGAACGAUGCAGGGAAGUGGGCCGAGUCGACCGGGGCCCUCGCAUCGAACAGCAGCGAAGCGCCUGGAUGACCUGGGAAGCGCGCAGGCCGCCACUGCGGCACCGCACGCCACCAUCGGCGGGCCGCGCACCAGAGGGUCGCCGUUGUCCAGAUUUAGGUGUUGUUAUCCUCUGGCCCGUAAUGGCCGUCACCGGGCCCCCCCCCUCCCCGCGUAGCGAUCGUACGUAUGGGGGGGUAUGGCAGCCCCCCCCAUUCUGAUCGCGCGCAUGCUAUGGCCAUCGCAGUGCACACCUGCCCCGACGUGCCCCACCUCGCCCAAACGUUCCCCUUAACCGAUGCCCGAAUUCCCCCCCUGUGUGACGACCUUGGCCGGAAGUAAUGGGAAAACAAUUUCUCGGGGCUCAAGAAAGGGGGGCAAUGCAAACGAGGGUUAGCCAGAGAGCGCCGGAUUUUGCAGGAUCCUGCAGGGCCAGGGUCGUAUUGACCCGGGCUAGGGUGCAGGAUCCUGCAGAAUCUCGCAGGAUCCUUCGCAUUGACCCAGGUUUGGGUGCAGGAUCUUGCAGGAUCUUCCAGGAUUCUGCAAGGCCUGACGGACCCGAGUCUGGAUUCACCCGGGUCAGACGGAUCCCCGACUCUUCAUCGGCGGGCCGCGCGCCAGAGAGCAGCUUGCCCAGAGGGUCGGUCCUGCAGUGCAGCCGUGAGGUGGCCGGCUGCGGCCUCGGGGCGCUCUACCGGGAGAAGAAGGAGAAGCCGCGCUCGUGAGACGGCCGCGGCGCGCGGGGGCACCAGACGGCCGGGCGCGCGCUUUCAACGGAGGGCCUCCUCCUCCCCGUCCUAUGCCUCCUGCGUUGGAGACGGGUGGAAGGACUGAGAGAGAAACAGGUAAGAUGCAGGGCCCCCCAGACACGCGGCCCUGCUCCCUGACUCGGCGCUCGCCGUGGCAGCGGCUCGGCCGCGGGGCCGUCGGCGCCUUCGCCGGGCCCGUGGCGCGGGCAGCCGAGCGCCAACGUGGCGCUUGCCCCGAGCCA